CCCUCUAGUCGAGCGGGAGCCCCUGAGCAUCGGGCCGCGCCAUCGGGGGUCACAUCGCCAGGAAGGUGGUGACGGGGGCGGCGCGGGGCGCGGACACUCCCCGCCGAGAGCCCGCCUGCCAUGGAUUCGGAAUAUUUCAGCGGCGACCAGUCAGGUGGGGCAGCAGAUGAUGGUGGCGCUACCCCAGUACAGGAUGAACGGGAUUCAGGGUCAGACGUUGAGGAUGAUGUAAAUGAGCAACACUCUGGAUCAGACACUGGAAGUGUAGAACGUCAUUCAGAGAAUGAACCUAGUGAUCGAGAGGAUGGCCUCAACAAAAGACACCAUGUGACAGAUUCUGAGAAUGAUGACCCCUCAAAUCUUAAUGCCAGUGACUCUGAGAGUGAGGAGCUUCAAAGGCAAAAGGACAGUGACUCUGAAUCUGAAGAACACGCAGAGCCUCCUGCAAGUGAUUCUGAAAAUGAGGACACUAAUCAGCAUGGGAGCGACUCUGAGAGUGAGGAGACCAGGAAGUUACCUGUCAGUGACUCUGAAAAUGAGGAACUUCUUAACGGGCAUGCAAGUGACUCAGAAAAUGAAGAAGUUAGGAAGCAUCCUGCCAGUGAUUCAGAAAUGGAAGAGCUCCCCAAAAGUCCUGCCAGUGACUCUGAAACAGAGGAUGCUUUAAAACCUCAAAUCAGUGACUCUGAAAGUGAGGAACCUCCACAGCACCAAGCCAGUGAUUCUGAAAACGAGGAGCUUCCCAAACCUCGAAUUAGUGAUUCCGAAAGUGAGGAGCUUCCUAAGCCUCGGGUCAGUGACUCUGAAAGUGAGGAGCCUCAGAGGAUUCAGGCCAGUGACUCAGAAAAUGAGGAGCUUCCCAAGCCCCGUAUCAGUGACUCAGAAAGUGAGGACCCACCAAGGCAUCAAGCCAGUGACUCAGAAAAUGAGGAGCUUCCCAAACCUCGGAUUAGCGAUUCGGAAAGUGAGGACCCCCCAAGGAACCAGGCCAGUGAUUCAGAAAAUGAGCUUCCCAAGCCCCGAGUCAGUGACUCUGAGAGUGAGGAGCCUCAGAAGGGACCUGCCAGUGAUUCUGAAACUGAGGAUGCCUCCAGACACAAACAGAAGCCAGAGUCAGAUGAUGAUAGUGAUGGGGAGAAUAAGAGAGAGGAUACAGAAAUGCAGAAUGACUCCUUUCAUUCAGAUAGCCAUGUAGAUAGAAAAAGGAUCCAGAGUUCUGACAGCGAGGAGGAAGAACCCAAAAGGCCAAAAAUUGACAGUGAUGAAGAUGAAGAAAAAGUCAGGGAGGAGGAGAAAGUAGCGAAGCGAAAAGCUGCUGUGCUUUCUGAUAGUGAAGAUGAAGAGAAAGCAUCAGCAAAGAAGAGUCGUGUUGUCUCUGAUGCAGAUGACUCUGACAGUGAUGUUAUAUCAGACAAAUCAGGCAAAAGAGAGAAGACUCUAGCAUCUGACAGUGAAGAAGAAGUAGGGAAAGAAGAGUUGUCUGAUAAGAAAAAUGAAGAGAAGGAUCUGUUUGGGAGUGAUAGUGAGUCUGGGAAUGAAGAAGAAAAUCUUAUUGCAGACAUAUUUGGAGAAUCUGGCGAUGAAGAGGAAGAAGAAUUUACAGGUUUUAACCAAGAAGAUUUGGAGGAAGAAAAAAGUGAAACACAGGUAAAAGAAGCAGAAGAUUCAGAUUCUGAUGAUAACAUAAAGAGAGGAAAACAUAUGGACUUUCUAUCGGAUUUCGAGAUGAUGUUGCAGCGGAAAAAGAGCAUGAGCGGCAAGCGCAGGCGUAACCGAGAUGGUGGUACUUUUAUUAGUGACGCUGACGAUGUAGUGAGUGCUAUGAUUGUCAAGAUGAAUGAGGCUGCGGAGGAAGACAGACAGUUGAACAAUCAAAAAAAGCCAGCACUGAAAAAAUUAACAUUAUUACCUACUGUGGUCAUGCACCUUAAGAAGCAGGACCUUAAAGAAACAUUUAUUGACAGUGGUGUGAUGUCUGCCAUCAAAGAAUGGCUCUCCCCUCUACCAGAUAGGAGUUUGCCAGCAUUGAAAAUUCGAGAGGAGCUAUUGAAGAUUCUGCAAGAGCUACCUAGUGUGAGCCAGGAGACCCUGAAGCAUAGUGGGAUUGGACGAGCAGUGAUGUAUCUCUAUAAACACCCCAAGGAAUCAAGGUCCAACAAGGAUAUGGCAGGGAAAUUAAUCAAUGAAUGGUCUCGGCCUAUAUUUGGUCUUACCUCAAACUACAAAGGUAUGACAAGAGAAGAAAGAGAGCAGAGAGAUCUAGAACAAAUGCCUCAACGACGGAGAAUGAACAGCACUGGUGGUCAGACACCCCGAAGAGACCUGGAAAAGGUGCUGACAGGAGAAGAAAAGGCCCUCAGACCUGGAGAUCCUGGAUUCUGUGCCCGAGCAAGGGUCCCCAUGCCCUCAAACAAGGACUACGUUGUCAGACCUAAGUGGAAUGUGGAAAUGGAGUCAUCCAGGUUUCAGGGGACCUCCAAGAAGGGUAUCAGUCGACUGGAUAAGCAGAUGAGAAAGUUCACAGAUAUCAGAAAAAAAAGCAGAUCUGCACACGCAGUGAAAAUCAGCAUCGAGGGCAAUAAAAUGCCAUUGUGACCUUGCCUGGGAUGUGUCCCCAUCUCUAAGAAAUGCGCAAUGGACUCUUUGGUGAAAGAAGAUGAUAUUUUAAAAAAUUUUUUAGUGUAUCUGUAAAUGGUUCUGCUUGUAUCAGAUGUUGUCAUAGGACUCGCAUUUCUCUCACUUGUAUUUAAAACUGUUUGUUGUGUACUUUGUACAGAAGAAUACUAGUCAUACUUCUAUAAACUUUACACAAUAAAGUUCCAUUCUGGUUUUGG